AUGGUAGAAUUGACAGAGGAUCCAGAAUUUAGUAAGUUUUUAAUUCAAACCUUAGAUCCAAUAUGUGAAUUUGAUCCAUCAUCCUUAUCGGAUUACAUUAAAGAAUUUCUAUCAAAUGGAUUUCAAACAAGAAAGGAUUUAGAGGAAACAUUCUCUAAAGAUUUGGAGGAUUUUUUACAUGAAAAUACAAAAUCAUUCAUCAAUACUCUAGUUUCAAAAUUAAAUUCAACAAAUUAUUUCUCAAAAUCAACCACUUCACCAAUAAUAUCACCUAGUAAUAUUACAAUUACAAAUAGAGAUAGUAGAGAAAGAGAGAGAGAAAGAGAAAGAGAAAAUAGAGAUAGAAGUGAUAGAGAUAGAGGUGAAAGAGAAAGAGAAAGAGAAAGAGACAGAGAAAGAGACAGAGAUAGGGACAGGCUUGAAAGAGAGAGAGACAGAGAUAGAGACAGAGAUCGUGAAAGAGAAAGAGAUCGUGAAAGGGAUAGAAAUAAGGACAGAGAAAGAGAUCGUGAAAGAGAAAGAGAUCGUGAAAGGGAUAGAGAUAGAGAUAGAAAUAGAAAUAGUAGAGAAAGAGAUCAUAAUGAUAGAGACUAUAAUAACAAUUCUUCUUCUUCCUCCUCCUCCUCUAAUAGAUAUAGAGAGAGAGAGAGAGAAAGAGAAAGAGAAAGAUCUAUUUCUCCAUCCUCAUCAUCACUUACAACUCAUACAAGAAAAAGAUCAAGAUCAAGAUCAAAUUCACCCCAACCACUUGAUGAAUUUAAUAAUAAUAAUAAUAAUAACAACAACAACAACAAUAAUAAUAAUAAUAACAAUAAUAAUAUGACAGGUAACAACACAUAUAGAAAUGGUAGUGGUGCAAACAGAUUUAAAAGAAGAUCGACAAAUGAUGAGUUUAAUAACAAUAAUAAUAAUAAUAGUUUUAAAAAGUUCCCGAAGAGUACAAGAAUAUGUAAAUACAUUGAAAAGAAUGGUAUUUGUACACGUGGAGAUAGUUGUAAUUUCUCACAUGAUCUUAGCUUAUUAAAUAAUAAUAAUAAUAAUAACAAUAAUAAUAAUAAUAAUAUUGAUAUGAUCAAUAACAAUAAUCAAAACAUGAACAAUAACAAUAACAAUAAUAAUAAUAAUGGAUAUAUGUAUAAUGGUGGUAAUUUUAAUGAUUUUGAUAAUAAUAAUAAUAAUAAUUUUAGGAAAUUUAACAAUAGGUUUGAUGAUGAUAAUAAUAAUAACAAUAACAAUAAUAAUUUUAAUAUACCAGUCAAUAAUGUUAGUGACAAUAAUUCUCCACCAUUCCCAUUCGACAAUGCUAAUAUAUCGCCAAAUCAAAUGAUUUUCUCAUCAUUUAAUAAUAACAAUAAUAAUAAUAAUAAUAACAUAAAUAAUAAUCAACCAUCAUUCUCAAUGAUGGAUCAAAAUCAAAUGUAUAUAGGUCAAAUGAAUCAAAAUCAAAUGGAUUUCAAUAAUCAUAAUAAUAACAACAAUAAUAAUAAUAUGGACUUCAAUAAUAUGGAUUUUAAUAUUAAUAAUAAUAAUAACAAUAAUAAUAUUUAUAAUAACAAUAAUAAUAAUAAUAACAAUAAUAAUAUUAAUAAUAAUAACAAUAAUAAUAUUAAUAAUAAUAAUAACAGCAAUAAUUAUAAUAAUGAAGAUGAUGAAGAAUUUAAUGAUUUCCAAAAUAACAAUAAUAACAAUAAUAGAGGUAAUAAACAAUAUGAUAAUAUUAAAACAUCAUCAAAUUGCCCAAGUUCAGAAUCAACAAAAUUGGUUAUUACCAACAUACCAUUACAACAAAAUAUUGAAGAAGAGAUAAGAGAACAUUUCUCAAAGUUUGGAACUAUUACAAAUAUAACGAAAUUAUCAACAGCAAAAUCUAUGAUUGAAUUUAGUAAUAACUCUGAAGCUAUGAAAGCUAUGAAAUCACCAGAAGCAAUAAUGAAUAAUCGUUUCAUUAAAUUGUUUUGGGAGGAUUCAUUCGAUCAUGCAACUGCAAAGAAAACUAAAUUUGAAGAACAACAAGAGAAACAAGAACAAAUUCAAAAGAAGAAAGAAGAGAAAGAGAAACGUGAUCAAGAUUUAAUGAAAAUUCGUGAACAGCAAUUGUUAAAGAAGCUAGAGGAUAGAAAAAAACUAUUGGAAAAACAAUCUGAAAAGAAGAAAGAACUAGUUUUAGUCGUUAAAUCUAGAGAGGAAUUAAGAAAUCAACAAUUAGAUCUUCAAAAGCAAUUACUCACUAAAUUGGCAAUCUGUAAAGAUGAAAAAGAAAAAGAUGCAAUAAAAGAAUCAAUUAAACAAUUAACAAAGUCAAUCACUGAAUCUUUACAAAAAGAUCAACAAACUACAAAUCAAUUAAAUCAAUUAAAUUCUACUACUUCAGCAGCAGCAACAACAACAACAACAACAACAACAACAGCAUCAACAGUUUUAAUACCACCAUCAACUUCAACUUCAACAUCAACACCACAACCAUCAACAUCAACAACAAUUACUACCCUUAAUAAUAUAUCAACACCAACUACACCAAUGCCAACUACACCAACUACACCAACAACACCAACUACACCAACUACACCAACAUCUACCUCUAUUGAAAUUGAAGGUGCACCUGGUAGUGGUAAUAUUGAACAAUUAUCAAAUACAUUAAAAGAAUUAGAAUCUGAAGCAAAGAGUUUAGGUAUUGACCCAAAUACUAUAACCUCUGCUGCAACAGCUACUACUACUAUUACCUCCAUACCUACAACCACAACUACUACUACUCCUAUAAUACCAAAUAAACCUAAUUUUAAAAAGUUACCACCAAGAUUAGUGGCACAAAAACCAAUAAUAGCAAAGAAACCAAAGAAUAAUAGUAUACUAAUUGAUAAUACAACCACUACAAUUCAAAUUAUUGAUCCUCCUUUAGAAUUUAAAAAUGAGUCAUUAUUGAAACAAUUAUUCACCGAUAUAGAAUCAGUUAUUCAAGAGGAGAAUUCAAUUCAAAUUAAAUUUGGUAAAAGACAAUCCGCUGAAAGGGUGUUUGUUGUUGCCAAAGUUUAUAAAGGAAAGAGUUUAAAUAUACAGUGGGUUCAAGAUAAAGAAAAACAACUAUUACCUCAAUUCAGUAAACAACAACUACCACAACUACCACAACAACAGCUAUCACAAUUACAACAAAAACUACAACAACAACAACAACAAAUACUAGCAAAACAACUUCAACAAAAACAACAACUCCAAUCUCAAUUUAAACAAACUAUAAAAGAAAAGAGUAGCGAUGAUGAAUUUGAUGAAGAUGCUUAUGAUAAUCAAGAUGAAGAUGCUGCUGAUAACAUGAAUGACGAUAAUAAUAAUAAUAAUAAUAAUGAAAAUCAAGACGAAGAAGAACAAGACUAUGAAGAAAUUCCAACAGAAACUAUCUUAAAAUCCGGAAGCAACAUUAAUAACAACGCAAAUGAUGACGACGACGACGAUGAUGAGGACGAUUACGACGAAGAUGAUAAACCAUCUUGGAAACAUUAA